AUGAGCAUGGCUGGGUCCAAGAAUUUGACUGCCCUCAACUUGACCUCGUUCCACAUCAUGACUACCGACCUCACAACCCAAAAACCACAUAUAUCGUCAAUGAAGGAACGAAAUAGGCAGUUACCGGUUGAAAUUUUGACCCAAAUCAUUUCCCUUGCAACGCGAAUGCAUGAACAAGAUGAAUUUUAUGGUCAACCAUCUUCGAUCCCGUUCACGGAACCCUCGAGACUUCUCUCAGAGCCUCAUCUCAGCCCUUCUGCCAGACAUGAAGAAAAGAGCAGCUUUCGGGAUCGCCUGAGUUUUGUUCGGGUCUGUAAAUUUUGGCAUGAUGUUGGCGUCAGGUUCCUCUGGUCAAACCUGACAAUCAAAUUAUUACCUGAUCUCCGCGUAUGCGCCCAGGUUAUCGAAACUCUUGAACAAAAAUCGAAUUAUGGGUCGUUUGUACGCCGUGUGCAGCUCAAUGCUGUGUGGGCAGAACUCAUGUCGGACGAGGUCGACAAUAGCACAAGUUACGCUAUAGUCAAUAAAGUCCAAGAGGCUAUUCAUUCUCGCCUCUAUCCUCGUCUGAAUCGGCUACAAGUCUUGGUUGCCCCGCAAGUUUUCGCCACUGGACAACAAAUGUUGUGUUCUUGCUACCAGGAGGACUCGGCCCUUCCUUUCUACUCGACCAUCAUCACAGCUAUGACUACCGUUGGGAAGGCGUUCUUGGACAUAGAUCUGGACAAUGCGACCAUCCCAGACCCUGAUUCCCCGACAACGAAGUCCCGUGAUUCUCCGACAACGAUUCUUUUCCCGCAGCUUAUCAGCCUGAGGGUGAGGUCAUGUGACGAACUAGAAAUUCUAGAAGAUAUAGAACAACAUUGGCGAGCUCCUGCUCUGCAAACCCUAUCACUCCACUUUGAGUAUAUCGAAAUGUGGCAUAUUUUGGUCAACUGGGCGAAAGAAACACUCACAACCCUACACAUAUACACAGAUUCGUUACCAGAUACCGAACCCAUUCAUCUACCCAAACUUAAGACGCUAGUGAUCCAAGAUUGUAUGCGGUUCGAUUGGGCAGAGUUGAUGGAUGCACCUAACGUGGAAACCUUAAUCUUUGGAGAUAAAGUCGACUUCUUCCAAAAUGGGGGAUUCUUCGCGCAGGCAUUCGCCGGAAUGCUCACCAAUUACCCCUUGUGCUCGAAGGUCAGCUACUACACCCCUAAAAGUAUACCUCUCGCGGAAG